CUCUCCUGUACUGUACGUAUUCGUAAUAAUCCCGAAAGAAUAAGAAUAUCUCUUGCGUUCAGGUACCUGUAACAACCUCUCUCAGCUCCACCAAACAAAAAGCAAGAUGGCACCUCAAUUGGCAUGGAUUGGCCUUGGCAAUAUGGGCAGAGGGAUGAGCAAAAAUUUGAUUGAGAAAGGCCAGCUUGACAAGCCCCUGAUUAUCUUCAACCGGACACCAAAGCGUGCUACGGAUUUGAGCAAGUCGUUGCCGACGGGCAAGUCAACUGUUGCGUCUUCAGUUGAGGACGCUGUCUCUAAAUCCGAUAUCAUUUUUACCUGUGUCGGCGAUGAUGCAGCAGUCAACGAGAUCAUCGACGCUGCGCUCAAGAGUGGUGUAGAAGGAAAGCUCUUCGUGGAUUGCUCGACUAUUCACCCAGAGACCACGGAGGGCCUGGCGAAGAGAAUUACAGCGGCUGGCGCAGAAUUUGUUGCCUGUCCAGUUUUUGGUGCACCUGCAAUGGCUGAAAGUGGACAGCUUGUCUGCGUUUUGGCCGGACCAAAGGCAGCGGUAGAAAAGGUCAAACCGUAUACGAAGGGUGUCAUGGGAAGAGCCACCAUCGAUUUUGGCGGACAGCCUGUUGGGAAAGCCACACUGUUGAAGGUUAUCGGGAACAGCUUUGUCCUCAACAUGGUUGAAACACUGUCUGAAGGUCAUGUUCUCGCCGAGAAAUCUGGUCUGGGGAAUGAAAAUCUUCAUCAAUUCAUUGAGACCAUGUUCCCUGGUCCAUACGCCGCCUACUCGACCAGAAUGCUGUCUGGAGACUACCAUAAGCGGGAAGAGCCAUUGUUCGCGGUUGAUCUGGCUCGAAAGGAUGCGCGGCAUGCGAUGGCAUUGGCCAAGGCCUCUGGUACACAGUUGAAGGACCUAGAAGUUGCAGAUGCCCAUUUGGCGCAGGUGAAGGAACACAUGGGCGUGCGGGGUGAUAUUGCGUCUAUUUACGGAGCUGUGAGGAAAGAGGCCGGCCUCAAGUUCGAGAACUAGAUUUUAGUGAAUACU